AUGAAGAGACAGCCUGGGCCCCCCAGAGCCCCACUGUCCUCGGACAGCACCCUCCCUCUAGCUGACCAGCUAGAAGGAACUCCUGAUCACACUCCAUUGCUUGCUGCCGCUCCUCGCUCAGGGCGCGCCGGGCACGCCGGCUGGGCCCAAAGACGGAGCUGGACCCACGGGGGCGCUCGGGGUACCCUGGAGCCUCCCGUUACCCAAAACGCCUUCUGGGUCCCUGUGGGCGUGAUAGAUAGUGAGCUUCCUGUCCCUGGAGGUGUGCAAGUGGAGCCUGCACGAGGAUCGCCCAGGCUGGACACCCACCGCCGCCACCUGGUGAGGAGGGGGCCACAGGCCUGGCAUGAGGCCCCUCCACGCAACCUGGCACCUGCUCUUGCUGCACAGGAGCCUCCUCCUCCUGCCGGGGGCUCUACACCUCCCCGCUGUGGUGUACCUGACCCACCUGAUGGGCUGAAUGCCCGCAACCGACAAAAGCGGUUUGUGCUGUCAGGUGGGCGCUGGGAGAAGACCGACCUCACCUACAGGAUCCUUCGGUACCCGUGGCAGCUGGUGCGGGAGCAGGUGCGGCAGACAGUGGCAGAGGCCCUACGGGUGUGGAGUGAGGUGACACCACUCACCUUUACUGAAGUGCAUGAGGGUCGUGCUGAUAUCAUGAUCGACUUCACCAGGUACUCGCAUGGGGACGACCUGCCAUUUGAUGGACCUGGGGGCGUCCUGGCCCAUGCUUUCUUCCCAAAGACCAACCGAGAAGGGGAUGUCCACUUCGACUAUGAUGAGACCUGGACUAUUGGGGACAACCAGGGCACAGACCUCCUGCAGGUGGCAGCCCACGAAUUUGGCCAUAUGCUCGGGUUACAGCACACGACGGCUGCUAAGGCCCUUAUGUCCCCUUUCUAUACCUUCCGCUACCCGCCGAGCCUCAGCCCAGAUGACCGCAGGGGCAUCCAGCACCUAUAUGGCCGGCCUCGGCCAGCCCCCACCUCCAAGCCUCCAGCAAUGGGCCCCCAGGCUGGGGUGGAUACCAACGAGAUUGCACCACUGGAGCCGGAAGCCCCACCAGAUGCUUGCGAGGUCUCCUUUGACGCAGUAUCCAGCAUCCGUGGCGAGCUCUUCUUCUUCAAGGCAAGCUUUGUGUGGCGGCUGCGCGGGGGCCAGCUGCAGCCUGGCUACCCUGCUCUGGCCUCUCGCCACUGGCAGGGACUGCCCAGCCCCGUGGACGCAGCCUUUGAGGAUGCCCAGGGCCACAUCUGGUUCUUCCAGGGGGCUCAGUACUGGAUGUAUGAUGGUGAGAAGCCAGUUCUAGGCCCUGCACCCCUCUCUGAGCUGGGCCUGCUGGGGUCCCCAGUCCACGCAGCCUUGGUCUGGGGCCCUGAGAAGAACAAGAUCUACUUCUUCCGAGAUGGAGACUACUGGCGUUUCCACCCCAGCACCCGCCGUGUAGACAGCCCCGUACCCCGCCGGGCCACUGACUGGCGAGGAGUACCCUCUAAGAUUGAUGCCGCCUUCCAGGAUGCUGAUGGUUAUGCCUAUUUCCUGCGUGGCCGACUCUACUGGAAGUUUGACCCUGUGAAGGUGAAGGCCCUGGAGGGCUUUCCCCGUCUUGUGGGCCCCGACUUCUUCGGCUGUACAGAACCUGCCAACACUUUCCGCUAACCAUGGCUUGAAUGCCCUCAAGGCCCCUGACCCCUGCCAGGCCACUCACAUCACCUAGAGACCCAUGACCAUCUUUGUGGCUGUGGGCACCAGGCAUGGGACAGAGCCUGUGUCUCUUCAGGUGGUUGGGGAGGGGUCCUGCCACCGUGACAACUGCAGGGAGGGCCACGCAGGUCGUGGUCACCUGCCAGCAACUGUCUUAGACUGGGCAGGGAGGCUUUGGCAUUAAGGGUGGGGGUGGUAUUGGACCUGCUCUACCCAACCUGUGCAGGUCACAUUCAAACCUCAGAGAGCUGUCCUUGCUUUCUAUCUCUGUCCCUCAGGAAAGGACCUCAGCAGGUCUGUGGGAGCUGGAGCUUUUGCUUUCUUUCUGCUGCCAGGUCCCUGCAGGGUGCUGGCACAUGGAUCUCGGGGCCCCUUGGCCUUCUGCCCUUUCCUGAGAAGUCAGCUUGGAACUGGCUGCCUUCCAGUUGGUGAACCCCAAGAUCCAGGCCAGAAGGUCCAGAGUCAGCUGGGGAGGGGGGUGCUUCCUGCUGGAGACCCAGGGCCUUGGAGGCCCCAACAUACCUCAAUCUUCUCAUGGGCCAGAUCCUCCCCAGACCCCUCAUCCUAGCACUGAGACCCUCCAAAGCCAUGUAAAUGUGUGUAUAAAACCUUUUUUUAAAAAAAUUGAGGACUGUCAUUAAACACGGUCAUGAUCAUUUUC